CAGAUAAGAUUGGGUCUGAAUCCCUGCUUUCGAGAACAUAGGGAAAUUUAACGAAUAAAAUAAAAUGAUCUUUGAACUCUUAAAAAAUAUAUAACCAAAAUAUUUCACUGAUACCCUCUAUGUUUCGUAGCGUAAAAAUUCCACGAACGCAAGCUACGCGUGUCUCUUUUUUGUGUAAACAUUCGUAGAAGUGACACCGAGAAAGUAUGAGCGAAUUCUAUCACGGAUAGCUGUGUAGCUGAACUUCCGAGUUUCAUCAGUUUGUGGGAGUUGCAUCAGUCGGUAGGCGUCAGUAGGCGUCCUAUGAGCGAUAUACACCGGUAGUUCAGUUCAGUUGACAUCAGAAAUUUGAGGUGUGGGACGUGGCACUUGGAUUAUUUCAAAACAGAAGAUAAUUUUCAUGGCAGAGCAUGAGCGGCUUGAAAAGUGUUAUAAUUACUUUGCCUAAAGGGCUAGCGAAGAGCGUUAAUCCAAAGUUGAACUUUACCACGUCGAUACUGGCAAAUAAGACCAAAAUGGACAUCAGGAAUGUUCCACAACAUAUGGACGAAGACUCCACGGACUCUUCGCUCUUCAAGAGUGAUGUUUGUCUUCGUGGAAAGAAACGACGACUGGACCACCUCACCUGGGAAGAGAAAUUACAGAGAAAGAAGUUGAAGAAUCGUGUUGCUGCACAAACAUCACGUGACCGUAAGAAAGCAAAACUAGAUGAAUUGGAAGAGUCAGUAAGAAUACUUCAAGAACGAAAUGAACAAUUGUCGAGAGAAUGUUCAGUAUUGAGGAGCACCAAUGAAAGUUUAAUGGUAGAGAACAGAAAACUUAGGAGAAACAAGAGUUCUGAAGUUGAGCAACCAGUCUGUUCAGCAUGUCAGGCUCGUGUCGGCUGUGCUACACCUACAUCGGGAUCUGCAGAAUCCCCCAGAAACCCUCUGCCGCAGGGUGGGGUAGCACAGCCGGCACAGAGCCUGGCGAAGCUGUCAGCGAUAGGAAGCUUGACACCAGCAGCCAGCGCUCUCCUGAGGAUUCUAACCCUCUACCUCCUCUCGAAGAACUCUUUGCUGAACUCCAAGGAGACGAUUACAUCGACCGACUUGAGGAGCUUGCUGAAAGUCUUCUGCGAGAAGUUACCGCUGAAGUGGAAGCAAAUACUUCUAGAUCAAACGACGAAGCUCCGCUCGCGGAAGAUACCAGCACCAAACGUGACGAUACGUCAGGAAUGGUGGGGACGACAUCAGAAGAUGUGGAAGCCAAUGGAACCGAUGGAGUCGCGGGCGGGGUCACCGGUUCCAGUGUGCUAAUCUCCACUGAACCAUUCGUUCCAGUUCAGCUUAAACAAGAGAGUCCGGACACGAUAUACGGCAGUUACGACGAAGCUACCAAUUGCAUCACAAUAAUAUGUUCCGACGAGGAAGAUGUAGGUCUUCACGAAGAAAUCGUAACAGAGGAAACCUUUGCGGACGAAUCCAUAGAAUCCAAAGUUCAUCUGUCGCCUGACACGUGUACUGAGUACACCAUGUCACCGCAAUCUGUCAAGUCAGAGGAUACAGGAUUUGCUAGAAAAAUGGACUGUGGUCUGUCAGAUUGCGGCUAUGAGUCUCACGAGGCGCCCAGCCCAGAAGCUCCGGCGCUUACAGAUUU